AUGUCACAAAAAGUUAGUGUGUUGGACUUGACCUCGCCGGAUUUUGAUGUCGACGCUUACUUAAGUUCCCAGCUUAAAGAGAAGAACCUUGAUGAAUUGGUUAAGGAAGAGGAGGAAAUGGUAGCAUCAGUGCGCCGUUUGGAUUCCGAUGUCCAUCAACUCGUAUACGAGAAUUACAACAAGUUCUUAACAGCUACAAGUACUGAAAUGGAGUCACUUAGUACAAAUAUGAAAAACAUAUCCGAGUUAAUUGGUGAAUUAGGUUCCGUUCUUGGAGCGAGGCGGGAAGGGGUAGCUCAGUUGGGCAGCUCUUAUAAAGUGGUCAAAAAUCUGCAAUCUCUUUUUGAACUACCAAGUAUUCUUCAGAUCUGUUUCGACGAAGGGAACUAUAAUGACGUUGUGAGAUUAUAUUUAUUAGCUCAAAAAGGUCUGAGUAAGUAUGCUGACAUGAAAAAUAUUUGUGAAAUCCAAGGCAAAGUCGACCAAAUAAUUUUCGAAACUGAAAAACAGUUAAUAAAAUCGAUUGAUCGGUGUACUGAUGAUAUUGAUGGUGUUGCUGGUGCUAUAGGAUUACUCAUUAAACUUGGAAACGAUCCUGAAGAGGUCCAGCGUUUACUGCUAAAAUCGUCGGAAUUAUCGUUACAAAACGACCUAAAGCAGCUUCAAAGCGAUCCAGCGGAUGUCUUAGAUCUAGUUGACAAGGGUUGUGAGUCAUUCAUACCGAAUCUUGCUCUUCUUGCGACUCUUCAUGAACGUUUGUUUCCGUCUUCAUCAGAUUGCUUGUUAGAAAUGUUGCGAAGGCAGCUCGCUUUAUUUCACGACAUUGUGUCUGAUUUAUUCCUUUCUUCAUCUGAUCCGAAAGAUUGUCCAAUAGUGGUGCGUGCGCUGGAUCGGUAUUUUAGGAAAGUGUCUACGUGCAAACAAGUGAUUCAUGGUGAGCUUCUGAAUAAGCAGCAAUUAAUUUUCAGUUUGCCAUAUUGUCCUCAAAUUUUCACAAGGGAUUUAGCACUUGUUCCUCUUUUAAUCCGUAGUUCCCAAAAUGUGCCUGGUAUCCUCAAUUUAUCUAUAAAUUUUCCCCUUUUCAAAUUGAAAAGGCUGGAUUGCUCCACAUGUACAAUCGCUUUGAUUCGCGAUGUAUCAAAACAUGAAGUUCUGAUUUCUCGAAAAUAUAUUAUGGAAGAAAUCAAAUUAGUUAUGCAAGAGACUCGUCAGUCGCUGAUCUCCAAAAAUGUCGACCUUUCCUCUCUAACAGCAAAACUUGAACAGUCGUUCGUUUUUCAGGUGAAGACCGCAUUAGCCAAUCUACUUCUCUUUAUUGCUAGCGACGUAACAUUUUCUACACUCUCUCCAACGGAAUUUCGAACAGAGUUUGCUCACUGUGUUCAUGAAGAAAUUGUAAUUGGCGCAUUUAAAGACUUCACCGCUGUCGCUGAGACCUAUGGAUCUUCUGAAGGCGAAACUCGUUAUGCGAGUCCUUUGAUUAUGUUAUUGAUAGCAUUUACUCUUCACCAUUUGGCAAACAAGUCAUCGCAAUAUCUUUUAAGCCUUUGCCGAGAACAAUUUUCCCUAAUUACAACGAGUACAACUGAGCGACUGACAGGUAUGUAUAUAAAUCUUAGCGGAAAUAACUUCACGUCGGAUCCACAUGCUAAAUGUAUCCACUUGAUCGUGAUAGAGCUCAGCGAUGAUAGUGAUGCAGUGGAAAAUGCUCACAAUAUCGAGAUACAACGUAUUAUUCGAUCGGCUGUGAGACAUACAGUUGAGGAAAUAUUAGAAUGUGAUUCUAUGUUGUCUCGUUUAAUUGGUGGUGAGGUUGGUCGUAAAGAAAGUCGUCAUAGAAGACCAUUGCCGCAACCCUCGGCGACAGACUCUUCACGAGAUUCAUUAUGGUGUGAACGUAUCGAUUUCAACCAGCAGUUGCAUUUCAACAAAGCUUCAAUAAUUGGUGCCAUUGUAAUGGUCUUGCUAAAGUCAUUCACUGAAUCAGUUAGGUUGCAGACUUAUGGAAAAUUUGCAGUACAGCAAAUUCAGGUGGAUUGUUAUUUUCUUCAACAUGAAUUGUCACCAUUAGUUUCGAAUGAAGUCAUUGUGAAUUCUAUGAUGGAUCAAGUUCUUUCAUCAGCAUUGAGACGGUGCGUAGCUCCGGAGUUAGUCCAUCCUAGUCAGUUGCGGCAAAUUUGUGAAGAUAAAGAAGACUAG